GCAGCGAAACGCAAACGUCAUAUCAGUGUCGUUGUUAAGCUGUGGCUCUUGUUACGCAGGUUCCCACGCUCUAAGCCGGAUUUAUACCGGCGUUGGGUGGUAAACUUAAGAAGGGACAAAUGGACUCCAUCCCCAGGUAGCAGACUCUGCAGUGACCACUUUACUGACAACUGUUUUGACAGAACGGGCGCACGAACUCGGCUACAGCCUGACGCCGUGCCCACCUUGUUUUCUUUCCCGAAGCACCUGGAAAAGAGGACUGCUGAGAGAAAGCCGCCUAAGCAGAGAACUGCCAUUGUGGAUGUGACCCCAGUGGAACAGCCAAACGACAACACUCCAACCACGGUGCAAGAGAACUCAGCCCAUGUCGCCGAGCACAGCUAUGCAGUCCUUGACACGCCAAAAACACUGAAGAGGAAACUGGAUGCUUGCACAGAUUCAGCGGCUACAGUGAAAAGAAAGCUGAAGCUCAGCCUUGAACGAGAACGUCGGUUAAGAAGGAAGGUCAGCUCAUUUAAUGAAAUAAUUGAUGACCUCAAGCACAAGCAGCUCAUUUCAGAAGAUGCCUCGGCAAUGCUUGAAAGGUGCUUCACGGGGAUCCCCUUGGAAGUUACGAAACGGUUGCUCAAGCAAACAUCCAGUGAAGGCGACAAGUCGUCUGUUAAGUUAAGCCGAGACAAAUAUUCUCCUGCACUGCGUGCAUUUGCACUCACGCUACAGUUUUACUCGACAAAGGCAUAUAACUAUGUCAGAGAAACAUUUCAAUGUUCCUUGCCACAUCCAUCGACUAUAACUAAAUGGUAUAGCUUCAUUAUACGGAGAACCUGGAUUCACAAGCGAAGCAAUCAACGCCAUCCGAGCAAAAGCCAAUGA